ACCCGGGGGAAAGGAAAGAGAAAGGGAGGCGAUGGAAGGGCGGGCUCUCAGGGAUCCUCCCAGAGCCUUCUGAGCCGCCCGAGAGCAGCGAAGCGGGGGCUAGCCCUGUCGGGUCUGGCCUAAAGAGCCCAAUAAGCAGCCCCCCUGCCCUAGAUGUAGCCCUAGAGUCGCUACAUCUCCAGCCCCUCCCGCACAACGUUGCAGCCACGGUAGAGAGCCCGUCCCCUCCACGUGCCAGCGGACCCGCCCCCGCCCGGCCCUCGCACCCUCACCGGGCUCGGUCAACAGCCGGGCCUCCUCGGCGAAGGGGUGCAGGACCGCCUUGCAAGCGCCCCCUGCCGCCUCUCCGGAGACCAGGAGGCGGCUCCGAUGCAGACCCCAGCGGGACCGGGACGCCCCUGCAGAUGGGCCGGGGCGGAGCAGCAAGCAGGGUACCGCCCUCGGCCCGCCCGCCGAGGAGGGGACGCUAGCGGGAGGCUGAGCCUGCGGCGCGCUCUCGGGGACCCGUCGCACUCUGCACUCGGCCGCCCGGGCUGAGGGGACCGGACGGGUGCGGGCGCGGGCUCAGCGGGCCGGGAGCAGAGUCAAGGCCAGAGCCCGAAAAGCAAAGGGAGGCAAGAGGACAGUGCGCCGAGAUGGCGGCCACAGCGGCGGCGGCAGCGGCGGGGGAAGGGAUGGAGCCUCGAGCGCUGCAGUAUGAGCAGACCCUGAUGUAUGGCCGGUACACUCAGGAACUUGGGGCCUUUGCCAAAGAGGAAGCUGCUCGGAUUCGCCUGGGAGGGCCUGAGCCCUGGAAGGGCUCCCCUUCUGCCCGUGCUUCCCCAGAACUCCUGGAAUAUGGACAGAGCCGAUGUGCCAGAUGCCGCAUUUGUUCUGUACGCUGCCAUAAGUUCCUAGUGUCCAGGGUUGGUGAAGACUGGAUCUUCCUGGUCCUUUUGGGGCUCCUCAUGGCAUUGGUCAGUUGGGCCAUGGACUAUGCCAUUGCUGUCUGUCUACAGGCUCAACAGUGGAUGUCCCGGGGCUUAAACACCAACAUCUUACUCCAGUACUUGGCUUGGGUUACCUAUCCUGUGGUCCUCAUCACUUUCUCUGCUGGAUUCACCCAGAUCCUGGCUCCACAGGCUGUCGGAUCUGGCAUCCCUGAGAUGAAAACCAUCCUCCGGGGAGUGGUGCUGAAAGAAUACCUCACCCUCAAGACCUUUGUAGCUAAGGUCAUUGGGCUAACCUGUGCCUUGGGCAGUGGGAUGCCCCUUGGCAAAGAGGGACCCUUUGUGCACAUUGCCAGCAUGUGCGCCGCCCUUCUCAGCAAGUUCCUGUCCCUCUUUGGGGGUAUCUACGAGAACGAGUCCCGGAACACAGAGAUGCUAGCCGCUGCAUGUGCAGUAGGAGUGGGCUGCUGCUUUGCAGCGCCUAUAGGAGGGGUCCUAUUCAGCAUUGAGGUCACCUCCACCUUCUUCGCUGUUAGGAACUACUGGCGGGGCUUCUUUGCGGCCACCUUCAGUGCCUUCAUCUUUCGGGUCUUGGCAGUCUGGAACCGUGAUGAAGAAACCAUUACAGCCCUCUUCAAGACCCGGUUCCGACUGGACUUCCCCUUUGACCUACAGGAGCUACCAGCCUUUGCUGUCAUUGGUAUUGCUAGUGGCUUCGGGGGAGCCCUCUUCGUCUACCUGAACCGGAAGAUUGUCCAGGUGAUGCGGAAGCAAAAAACCAUCAACCGCUUCCUCAUGAGGAAACGGCUGCUCUUCCCGGCACUGGUGACUCUGCUCAUCUCCACUCUGACCUUCCCCCCGGGCUUUGGACAGUUCAUGGCUGGACAGCUUUCACAGAAAGAGACCCUAGUAACGCUGUUUGACAACCGGACAUGGGUCCGCCAGGGCCUGGUAGAGGAUCUAGAAAUACCCAGCACUUCACAGGCCUGGAGCCCGCCACGUGCCAAUGUCUUCCUCACCCUGGUCAUCUUCAUUCUCAUGAAGUUCUGGAUGUCGGCACUGGCUACCACCAUCCCAGUGCCCUGUGGGGCCUUCAUGCCUGUCUUCGUCAUCGGAGCAGCAUUUGGGCGGCUGGUGGGUGAAAGCAUGGCUGCCUGGUUCCCAGAUGGGAUUCACACGGAUAGCAGUACCUACCGGAUUGUACCUGGAGGCUAUGCCGUGGUCGGGGCAGCUGCGCUUGCAGGAGCGGUGACACACACAGUGUCCACAGCCGUGAUUGUCUUCGAGCUCACGGGCCAGAUCGCCCACAUUCUGCCCGUCAUGAUUGCCGUCAUCCUGGCUAAUGCCGUCGCCCAGAGCCUGCAGCCCUCCCUCUACGACAGCAUCAUCCGCAUCAAGAAACUGCCCUACCUGCCCGAGCUGGGCUGGGGCCGCCACCAGCAGUACCGGGUACGAGUAGAGGACAUCAUGGUACGAGAUGUCCCCCACGUAGCCCUCAGCUGCACCUUCCGGGACCUGCGGCUGGCACUGCACAGAACCAAGGGCCGUAUGCUGGCCCUGGUGGAGUCCCCCGAGUCCAUGAUCCUGCUGGGCUCCAUCGAACGCUCACAGGUGGUAGCACUACUGGGGGCACAGCUGAGCCCAGCACGCAGGCGGCAGCACAUGCAAAAGCUAAGAAAAGCCCAGAUGUCGCCACCAUCAGAUCAGGAGAGCCCCCCUAGCUCUGAGACACCCAUCCGCUUCCAGGUGAACACGGACGACUCGGGCUUCUCCGGAUCACACGGGCAGACUCACAAGCCCCUGAAGCCUGCUCUAAAGAGAGGGCCGAGCAACAGCACAAACCUCCAGGAAGGUACCACAGGCAACGUGGAAUCAGCAGGCAUUGCCCUCAGAAGCCUCUUCUGUGGCAGCCCACCACUGGAGGCUACUUCGGAAUUGGAAAAGUCGGAAUCCUGUGACAAGCGCAAGCUGAAGCGGGUCCGAAUCUCCCUGGCGAGUGACUCAGACCUGGAAGGAGAGAUGAGUCCUGAGGAGAUCUUAGAGUGGGAAGAACAGCAACUAGAUGAGCCUGUCAACUUCAGUGACUGCAAAAUCGAUCCUGCCCCCUUCCAGCUAGUGGAGCGGACUUCAUUGCACAAGGGCCCCUUUGGCUUCCGAGCUGCUCCUUGGAAUGUCAAGUCCAGUGUCUCCUCCCUCUGCCCUGCAGACCCACACCAUCUUCUCACUGCUGGGAGUGGACCAUGCUUAUGUCACCAGCAUUGGCAGACUCAUUGGAAUUGUCACCCUAAAGGAGCUCCGGAAGGCCAUCGAAGGCUCUGUCACAGCCCAGGGUGUGAAAGUCAGGCCACCCCUUGCCAGUUUCCGGGACAGUGCCACCAGCAGCAGUGACACAGAGACCACCGAAGUGCAUGCGCUCUGGGGCCCAAGAUCCCGCCAUGGCCUCCCUCGGGAGGGCAGUCCUUCUGACAGUGAUGACAAGUGCCAGUGAACCCCUUACUGGAUGGCCUACAUUCCUCCUGCAAGGAGCAGGAACCCAAGUCCACACUAGCUGUGGGCUGCCAGCUCCACAAUCCAACUCAACACCUACCUGCUGGAGGAUCAGCAAUGCCCUGGCAGAAUGAGGUGGGGUCAUGUGGUCCUUGCCCCCUCUUUGAGAAAAGGGGAGAACUAAAAUGGGUUUAUACUGGAACCUCCAAUGACAAGAUGUAUAUAGAAAUUUACAAAGAUUUUUAUAUUAAUUUAAUAAAACAAUGAUUAGAAUAAACACCUAAUUAGCCACUCAUGUAUCGAA